AUGCAUGGAUCUUGCAGUACAAAAAACGGCUUAUUAACGAUUUGGUUAACGAAGAUCCGCACCAUUUCCCACGUUAAAUCUGCUUAUAUAUCGAUCAAACGCUACCUUUGUGGUUUACGGGGAAAUUUAACCACGGCAUUUAAGCGGUUAAUAUUUUAUUGGCAAAACCAGUUUAACGAUAUUAUUAACAUUCGUAUUAUACACCAAAAUAGCCGGGCCGUGGAUACCAAUUUUCCACUGAAUACAUUAUUCACCAGGCUUUACGGAUUAUGUAUACGGAAAUCCAGAAUAUACCUCCCAAACGAGAGGGCGGUUACUUGGAUCCUCUUCCCGGGCUAUGCGAAUGCGUUAAACUAUUUAAAAGGUUUGGCCUCCCAUGCCGGCACCGGCUGUUUAAGCUAUUUAAAGAUUAAUAACCGUUUACGGUAUCGCAUUUCGUUGCAUAUUGGUUUUAGGAACGCGGGCACCAUUAAUAAACACUCCCACCGGUACCACCGGCACUAUUGGUACCACCGACACCAAUGGUAUUACCACCACCCCCAAACACUAAUUUUGUUACCCCUAACAUUAAUAUGGGCCCCAAUUAAACAGGGGACCGGUUAA